GGACGUCUCUACAGGGAAAGGUCAGCAGAGAGAGAGGACCUGGGGCUGAGUUGGGAGGGGACCGGGCAGUUCGGAGGCAGGGGCUGGCCGAGGGGAUCCUAUUCGCAGCGAGGGGGCUCCGGGUCCCGCCUCCUGGAGCUCCUCAAGCACCAACUUGCGACCCCUCCUCGGCCCUGGGCCAGGCCCAAUACCUCCUCCCACCUCUGCAAGCCCCGCAAGCGGGCUGGGCAGUGGCAGCCCGCCCCCAUGCCGAGAUGCCGCUUCUGAUUGGUAGUCUAACUAGGGCAGGUCAGUCCGAAGCUGCGAUUGGCGGAGGUGCCCGUCGGUCGGCGCGGGGCUCCGCCCCCCGGGGAGAGACUUAAAGGGCCGGUUUGCUCAGCAGCAGCGGCGGUGGGAUGCCCCCUCCUUGACCACCAUUCCAGACCCGCGCCGUCCCGCGUAGACGCGCCCGGCCCGACCCCGUGCCAACAUGUAAACCGCUCCUGCAGGCAGACGCUGGCUUCUCCGCCCGGGACCCCUCCGCCCCGCCCCGGGCCCGGAGCCCUCGAUGAGGACACACCAUGCUGACCGGGGUGACCGAUGGGAUCUUCUGCUGCCUACUGGGUGCACCACCCAAUGCAGUGGGGCCACUGGAGAGCGUUGAGUCCAGCGAUGGCUACACCUUCGUGGAGGUCAAGCCUGGCCGCGUGCUGCGGGUGAAGCACGCUGGACCUGCUCCAGCUCCAACCCCACCUCCACCGCUACCUGAUACAGCCCAGGGGGACCGGUCUGGCUUGGUCCGGUGCCAGCGCCGAAUCACCGUGUACCGUAACGGGAGGUUACUGGUGGAGAACCUGGGCCGGGCACCAAGAGCUGACCUCCUGCUUGGGCAGAAUGGCUCCGGGGAGCCUCCGGCCUCUCUAGAGGUGGAGCUGGCAGACCCGUCAGGCAGCGAUGGCCGUUCGGGCCCAGCCAGUGCUGCGAGUGUUCUUGCCACUCUCUUCAUGAACUCUUAGCUUGCACAGUGCUUACUCAUUCCCAUCGCAUAAUGUAAUACUGAAGACAUGUCCUAGGGUGUGGUGCUCUUUUUCAUCCAUGGUGUUGGCGGCUCCCUGGCCAUCUGGAAGGAGCAGCUGGACUUCUUUGUGCGUCUGGGGUAUGAGGUGGUGGCUCCGGAUCUGGCCGGCCAUGGGGCCAGCUCCGCGCCCCAGGUGGCUGCAGCCUAUACCUUCUAUGCGCUGGCAGAGGACAUGCGUGCCAUCUUCAAGCGCUAUGCCAAGAAGCGAAAUGUGCUCAUUGGGCAUUCNNGCAGUGUCUCUUUCUGUACGUUCCUGGCGCACGAGUACCCAGACCUGGUGCAUAAGGUCAUCAUGAUCAACGGCGGGGGCCCCACGGCCCUGGAGCCCAGCUUCUGCUCCAUCUUCAACAUGCCCACGUGUGUCCUGCACUGCCUGUCGCCCUGCCUGGCUUGGAGCUUCCUCAAGGCCGGCUUCGCCCGCCAAGGGGCCAAAGAGAAGCAGCUGCUGAAGGAGGGCAACGCAUUCAACGUGUCGUCCUUCGUGCUGCGAGCCAUGAUGAGCGGCCAGUACUGGCCCGAGGGCGACGAGGUCUACCAUGCGGAGCUCACUGUGCCGGUCCUGCUCGUCCAUGGCAUGCAUGACAAGUUUGUUCCGGUGGAAGAAGACCAGCGCAUGGCUGAGAUCCUGCUUCUGGCCUUCCUGAAGCUCAUCGAUGAAGGCAGCCACAUGGUGAUGCUGGAGUGUCCAGAGACGGUCAACACGUUGCUCCAUGAAUUUCUGCUCUGGGAGCCCGAGCCCCCGCCUAGUGCGCUGACUGUGCCUCCUGAGAAGAAGUAGCUGCUGGGCCAGCAGGGCCUCGAGGAAGAGCAGGAGCCUGCGCUGCUGGGUCUGCAGCCAGGAUAUCUGGGCAGGCCGUCAGCUCUGGUGGACGGGGUCAGCCUGGGGAGACGCCCCUGGGUGGCUGGCUGGGCGUGGCAUUCCAGGGAGCCCGGUGGACACUCAGGCUCCGCUUGCAUCCUGUGGGGCCCAACCAAGCUGGGGCCCAUCCUGCCCGUAACAGGGACUCUCGCAGAGGAUGACCUUGUACAGAAGCCCCCUGCCCAUCAAAGCCAAGGCCAUAGCCAUGGUUGAGGCGACACCCACCCCAUUGUCUUACAUGUUAGCCAUGCUUAAUCCAGAGACCCUGAGUGGGGGGGCGCCCCAUUACCCAAGACCCUCCACUCCCAUUUCCUGGCGUUGGUAGCUUUUGUUGUCUAAGGGGGCAGGGAUGGGGGGACUGGCACCACAGAAUCUGCACAUCUCAACCUGUAACUCAAUAAAAAGAAGUGACAAUCCAA